UAAUAUUAUCGGCGCGCCGUAUUAUCAAUUGGUGGUUGACCGUCUGCUUUGCGCUAUCAGGAUCCUCAGUGACAUUCAAGUUGGGUCGGACUGAAAAUAUUUCAAUGUUCCUUUCCCCUUUUCCCUUUUUGAAUCCUGGAGGGGCACCUCUGUUGGGCAGCUAUUAAAGCUUGUCGGCUCCCCGACUCUCUUUGCUUGUUCCUCUUGUUCCGCUCCUUCACUUCUCUCAAAGCCCUCUUGCCGUGAAUACCUUGACCCCUUUCUUUGUACACCAUGGCUUCCGCAACUGUUCUCGACCAGCCCAACAUUGGUGUUUACACUAACACCAAGCACGAUCUCUGGGUCGCAGAAUCAAAACCCACGCUGGAGGAGGUGAAGAGCGGCGAGAGCUUGAGGCCCGGUGAAGUGACCGUCCAAGUCCGCAGCACUGGAAUUUGCGGAUCCGACGUGCAUUUCUGGCAUGCUGGUUGCAUUGGUCCCAUGAUUGUCACGGGAGACCAUAUCCUGGGUCACGAGUCCGCCGGUCAAGUGAUUGCCGUUGCCUCCGACGUUACACACCUCAAGCCUGGCGAUCGUGUCGCCGUAGAACCCAACAUUCCCUGCCACGCCUGCGAGCCUUGCCUGACGGGACGUUACAAUGGUUGUGAAAAGGUGCUGUUCUUGUCCACUCCUCCAGUGGAUGGUUUGCUGCGUCGCUAUGUCAAUCACCCAGCGGUCUGGUGUCACAAGAUCGGCGACAUGAGCUACGAGGAUGGAGCCAUGUUGGAACCUCUUAGUGUGUCUCUUGCGGCCAUUGAGCGAAGCGGGCUUCGCUUGGGUGACCCUGUGCUGGUCACUGGUGCUGGCCCCAUCGGUCUGAUCACCCUCCUCAGUGCCCGCGCCGCGGGAGCCACCCCCAUUGUCAUCACCGAUAUCGAUGAGGGCAGAUUAGCAUUCGCCAAGUCGUUGGUCCCCGACGUUAUCACCUACAAGGUGCAGACCAACCUCUCUGCUGAGGAUAACGCCGCCUGCAUCAUCGAUGCUUUCAAUGAAGGCAAUGGCUCCGCCCCUGAUGCCCUGAAGCCCAAGCUGGCGUUGGAGUGCACGGGUGUGGAAAGCAGUGUCGCAUCCGCUAUCUGGAGCGUCAAAUUCGGCGGCAAGGUCUUUGUAAUUGGCGUGGGCAAAAAUGAGAUGACGAUUCCGUUCAUGCGUCUGAGCACCCAGGAGAUCGACCUCCAGUACCAGUACCGCUACUGCAACACCUGGCCCCGUGCCAUCCGUCUUGUGAAGAACGGGAUUAUCGACUUGAAGAAGCUUGUUACACACCGCUUCCUCUUGGAGGACGCUAUCAAGGCUUUUGAGACUGCUGCAAACCCUAGGACGGGAGCUAUCAAGGUCCAAAUCAUGAGCAACGAGGAAGACAUCAAGGCCGCUUCGGCUUAAAUCAUUCGCUACUGAAACGAAUCAAGUCUCGGUGUUAAAGGUAGCCAUUCACG